CUUCCUUAGACAACCUACAUUUAUAAGAAAAAAAUCAACCAUCCUUUCACUUUCCUUUCCCAGCAUAUAAUUCCUUUAAUCUUUCUCUCUCUUCCUUCUUUCCUUCCCCUUUCUCAUACGAACACAACAGCCUUCCCCUUGUCUAGCCCCCAGUCCCCCUUCCCGUAUAAUCACGCCCCUCCCUCACCCCUCACUCCUCACCCCUGAUCCCUCUCAGAGCAGACAUUGACCCAGCGAGAGUUAGCCAGGUGGUUGUCAAGGAGUUGCUACGGACGCCACCAAGACAAUCCCGCCCUCCGCCUUCCCGCCUCUUGUUUCUUCAAGACGCCACACCGCCACCAUCAGCGGAGCACCAACGCUGUGGUCUUCGGUAAGGACUAGGCAAUAUGCAGGCGGCGGCGGCGAUGGUGGUGGUUGAGGCGGCGGGAGAGACGGCAGCGGCGAGGUGAAGCCAAGAGAGGGCAAGAAAAGGUCAAGAAGGUCGCCAUGAGGGAGGAGGAAGGAGUGCGCCUGGAUCUGUACAAUUAUGACCUUCCCCAGAAUGCCUCGCGACCUCACAUCUUGACCAGCCCGAGGUCUCUCCAGGCUUGUCGACGUUUGGGGAUUAGGCCGGUGGAUCUCCUGCAGCAGCCCCGGGAGGAGUUCGAGGCGACACAUCCCAGCCUGCCCCUCGCCCAGCGCCUCGUGGCCUACCAGGCUCAGGAGAGGAGGAGGCUCAAGCGGCUUCGUGAGGCGAGAGAGCUGAGAGACAGACUGGUUGUGGAGGAAACUACUAGUAGAAGAGAAAAUGAAGGUGAGGGAGCGACGACAGAGCUGGAAAAAGGAGAAAGGGAGCAAGAAGAAGGAAAGGAGAAGAGAGAUAAGGAAGAGGAGAACAAGAGAGAACAAGAAGAGGAACCGGGAACAAGUAAAGUAGGAGGAGGAGGAGAAGGAGGAGGAAAUAGAAGAGAAGAGGCCAGAAAGCACUUCUCUUCUUCACCCUCUUCCUCUUCCUCUUCCUCCUCUUCCUCCUCUUCCUCCAAGUCUUCCUCCAAGCAACUAAAGGAACAAGAAAACCUCGCCCGAAGUUUGGCUAAAAGAAAAUCCUGGGAGGAGGGAGAAGGAGACUCACAGGACUCAGGCAACUUAAGAAUCCUGGAGGAGGCGACGACGAGGCCACGUCACAGUGACGAGGAGGAGAACGAGGAGGAGGAGGAGGAGGAGGAGGAGGAGGAGGAGGAGGAGGAGGAGGAACAAGAAGAGGAGGAACAGGAGGAGGAGGAGGAGGAGGAAGAGGAGGAACAUGAGAACGAGGCUGUAGAGGGGGAGGAAGAGGAGGCAUGGAGGAGGGAAGAAGGAGGAGCAGCAGGAGGAGUCGAAGCAGGGACUCAAGAAAAUAUAACAAGAGACAAGAGCUUAGACAAACCGCCGACCACUAAACACAAACCGUCCACAAAUUCCCACCAUCCCAUCACCUCCACUUCUAGAUUCCCUCACUCCACCAGGCGCUCUACAGUACCCAUACCUCCUUCUACCUCAUCUACCGUCCCAGCAGCGUACCCUCUCCCACUUAGAAGAGUGAAAUCAGGCGCUCCGAGGCCCUCAAGCGCUCAAAGAAUCGGUUCAAGACACUCGCAAGCACAUUCUCAAGGUACUCAUUCAUCUACGCAACAUCCUCAGCCUUCCCAGCCUGCACCAGCUACCCUACCCUUCUACAGGCUGCCAGGGGAGCCGUACAGAGCCUCAGUAGAAGCCAGAAGCCCCAGUAAGACGAGGAAACUAAAGAAGUCACCGAGAAAGGGAUACCCGGCUGGUGGUCUCGCUUCGGCCGCGAGUCAUGUUGUAGGUGCGAGUGGUGUAGUUUCUCGCCCUCAGAUCAUCAGCAAGGGUUUCCAGCAAGGUUUCCAGGCGCAAAGGAGUGUUUUCCAUCUGCCAGUCAGUGAUCAGAGAGGUGUGGGUGGUGAGGGAAGGGCGCUAGGGAGUGGCACGUGGCCCGGGGGACGCCGCCGUGGUGCCUCCUCGAUCGUCUCCGCCGCUGAGGCCUCGCAACACAGACCGAGAAUAACGUGGGCUUCUGCACCGCCUCGCUAUCAUGGGACGAGCUCCCAGGACCAGCCCGGUGCCCCACCAAAACAACCCCGCCCCGCCCGCCACCCGCCGCGCCCCCCCUCCCUCACCCCGCUGACUCUCCACAGGCGGCCCUCAGACUCCAGCCCUUCGCCGGCCUCCUCCCACAGCGGACGACAGUGACGACGGCAGUCGUUCUGCCAACUCCACCGCUGAGUGCGACAGGCAAGACCACGCGGACCCUCACGAUCUACCGAGGCCGCGAUCUCCUUCCCCCGGCAGGUUACCGCCGCGCCUCCCAGUUGUGAGGGUGGUGCCGUGUUGGUCCCCGAGCAGUGACACCACCUCCCUCACGCCCUCCUCCACGCCCCGCCUCACCCGCCCGCCAGAUGACGCCCACCCCGCCCGGAGGAGGUGCUAAGAAAAGUGCAGGAGGAGGAGGAGGAGGAGGA